AUGAUGAUGAUAGAAAGUACAGAGUCAACAACCAUGAGUCCGUAUCCAUCUACUGAGUCAAAGGUAGAUCCUUCCCUUCUAAGGAUGGUUUGGUGUCCCCUCAUCAAGUUCAUCUCUCAUCAAGUCCCUCAUACCGCAGAAUGGCCGCGGUUCGACCACCGCUCACCGGCCUGCAGAAACUGGACGUGCGUUCGCAUCUCCAGCGUCAGCAUGGAGUGUGUCCGGAGGGCAUGGGUCAGGCACUGUUCCGAAAAAAUGGGACACAGUUCAGAGCGGAGGUCGGCAUGGACACACCGAGAUCACACAGAGGUUUGCAGAAAAGGAUCGUUGUUGCUGCAAGAAUGCUUUUUUUGUCAUCCGACAUCUUCUGGCAUAGUUUGUGCGACUGGUAGAGUAAGAGCAGGUGUGCAACUGCAAUGUAUUCCAUCAGCAGCAAACUUGUUCCUUUGUAAUACAAUAGAUCAGGCCCGAUUCAAUGACAUUAAAGUGCAGAGUAUCAACGUAUCCAGUCAUGUUUCUAAUGAUGACUUGGCCUGGCAAGAUUGGUUACAUGGCAAACAUGGAACAUCACCAGAACUACACACCAUCUUCGACAUCCGUUGGUACAUGCCGGACCGUGCGGUGCAUGCCUUUGCCUUUGCCAGGAUGCCUUCCGUGGAAUCCGAAGGAGUCGAGUGGAGUCUUGGAACAUGUGAAGAAUCGAAGAGACUCGAGUCAGAGAGUCAAUUAAGUCAAGGAGAAUCCUGGCAGAUACAAUGA